AUGGCAUUGAACACCGCGGGCCUUGCAAGUCACGCCCUCACCACCACCACCACCACCUUCUUCUUCUUCGUCUCCUCCGCAUCCGCAUCCGCCGCCGCCGCCACUGCUAUACUUCACCGCCCUCCGUUACCCCUGCUGCAAGCUGCCUCUGAAGCGACCACCGAAGUGAUCCAUAGCCUUCUUCUGCUUGCUCCCGCGGGCGACAGACACCCCCCACAGCAACCAUACCUUCCACCCGCGGACGACUGCCCAGUGGCAACCGGCUGCACUACAACAUUUACCCAUAUCAAAUUCCCAACUUCACCAAUCACAAUCAAACUACACGACCAAUCGAACCCUUGA